AUGGCUGAAGAGGAGAAGAAUUCUGCAAUGGAGAUGGAGAGGAAACUGAAGAAAGAAGAGAAGGCUAGAGAAAAAGAGAUGAAGAAGCAAAAGGCUUCUGCGAAACCAAAGCACGGCCAUGGGAAGUCCACAAAACCUAUAACUCUCACCGACAACAAGAACAACAUCAAAGAUACACCUUCAGAAACUCCUCUUGGCGAGAAGAAAAGGUUGUCUUCAGAGAUGGCCAAGCAGUACAAUCCUUCUGCUGUAGAGACAUCAUGGUAUGAAUGGUGGGAGAGAUCUGGUUUCUUCAAAGCGGACGCAAAGAGUACCAAACCAAAGUUUGUGAUUCUUCUUCCUCCUCCUAACGUUACAGGAGUCUUACACAUUGGUCACGCUCUAACAUGUGCAGUCCAGGACACACUCAUCCGUUACAAAAGAAUGUCUGGUUACAACGCAUUAUGGCUUCCAGGUUUUGACCAUGCAGGUAUCGCUACACAAGACGUUGUUGACAAACAUCUUAUGCAUGAGAGAGGGAAGACCAGUCACGAAAUUGGUCGUGAGGAGUUCUUAAAAGAAGCCUGGAAGUGGACACACAAGUACAGUGGCACUAUAAAAACACAGCUGAGACGUUUAGGGUCGUCUCUUGAUUGGUCUCGUGAGUGUUUCACAAUGGACGAGAAGAGAUCAAAGGCUGUGGUUGAAGCCUUUGUGAGGCUACACAAAGAAGGUGUUAUCUACAGAGGUGAUCAGCUUGUUAACUGGGACUGUUUCUCAAGAACAGCUAGAUCCGAUGAAGAGAUUGAUCAUAUUGAGAUUAAAGGAAGAACAUUAAAGAACGUUCCUGGUUAUGAGAAGCCUGUGGAGUUUGGUGUUAUGACUUCAUUUGCUUAUCCUCUCGAGGACGGAUCAGGAGAUGUUGUUGUUGCUACUACUAGAGUGGAGACAAUGCUCGGCGAUACCGCCAUUGCUGUUCAUCCUGAUGAUGUAAGAUACAAGCAUCUUCAUGGAAAGUUUGCUGUGCAUCCGUUCAAUGGAAGGAAGCUACCGAUUGUAUGUGAUGCAGACCUUGUUGAUCCGGAGCUUGGUACUGGUUGUGUUAAGAUUACUCCAGCACAUGAACCAAAGGACUACGAGCUUGGGAAGAUUCACCAUCUGGAAGCUAUAAACAUAUUCACCAAUGAUGGUAAGAUCAAUAAGAAUGGUGGGUCUGAGUUUGAAGGAAUGAAACGUUAUGUGGCGCGUGAAGCUGUUACAGAAGCUCUGCGUAGCAAAGAACUGUUGAGAGGUGUGGAAGAAAAGGACAUGAGGAUUGGGAUCUGCUCAAGAAGUGGUGAUGUUGUUGAGCCUAUGUUAAAGCCUCAGUGGUAUGUGAGGUGCAGCACAAUGGGCAAGGAGGCACUUGAUGUUGCUGCUAACGGUAAACUUGAGAUUAUACCAAAGCAGUACUCAACAGAAUGGAGAAGAUGGCUUGAGAAGGUGCAUGACUGGUGCAUCUCUAGGCAGAUUCUAUGGGGUCAUAGAAUCCCUGCUUGGUACGCAACUCUAGAGGAAGACCAUCUUAAGAAGUUUGGUACUUACAUAGACCAUUGGGUUGUAGCUAGAAACGAGGAGGAAGCUAGAGAAGAGGCUGCAGUUAAAUUUCCUGGGAAGAAGUUGUUGGAUCUCUCUCAAGACCCUGAUGUGCUUGAUACAUGGUUCUCUUCAGGGCUCUUUCCUUUAUCUGCUUUCGGAUGGCCAGACCAAACAGAAGAACUCAAAGCUUUCUAUCCAGGUUCUGUUCUUGAGACUGGUCUUGACAUUCUUUUCUUCUGGGUGGCUCGCAUGGUUAUGUUGGCUAUGAAGCUGAGUGAUGGAGAAGUUCCUUUUAGUAAAGUUUAUUUGCAUCCAAUGGUACGUGAUGCACAGGGACACAAGAUGUCAAAGUCUCUUGGCAAUGGUAUUGAUCCACUUGAUGUCAUUAACGGUCUUCAGACAAGGUUGGAGAAAGGUAACUUGGACAGCAAGGAGGGUAUCCCUGAGUGUGGAGCUGAUGCUCUUCGGUUUGCUUUGGUUUCUUACACUGCUCAGUCUUAUAACAUAAACAUGGAUGUGAAAAGAGUUGUUUGUUAUCGCCAGUGGUGUAAUAAAAUUUGGAAUGCUGUCAGGUUUGCAAUGAUGAAGCUUGGAGAUGAUUAUAAACCUCCUUUGAAAACUAUAUCCCCUGAAACUAUGCCCUUUAGUUGUAAAUGGAUUCUUUCCGUGUUGAACAAGGCAGUGUCAAAGACUGUGGAGUCAUUGGAUGCUUUUGAGUUAGCUGAUGCAUCUAAUACUGUUUACUCUUGGUGGCAGUAUCAGUUUUGUGAUGUGUUUAUUGAAGCAAUCAAGCCUUUCUUUUCUGGUGAAAACUCUGAUAGGACUCAUGCACAAGAUUCUCUAUGGGUGUGUCUCGAGACUGGCUUGAGACUGUUGCAUCCGUUUAUGCCUUUUGUUACGGAAGAGCUGUGGCAAAGGUUACCUUCACCGCAAGGAUGUGAACGGAAGGCUUCUAUUAUGAUAUGUGAGUACCCAUCUCAUUUAGAAGAGUGGAGAAACGAGAAGGUGGAAGCUGAAAUGGAGAUGGUUAUGGCGAUUGUGAAGACUCUUAGGGCAUUGAGAACUGUGGAGUCGAUGGAGAGACAGAGGAAUGAAAAGUUACAUGCGUUUGCUCUGUGUGGAAACGCUUCAACACUGGAGAUUGUGAAGUCUCAUGAGACAGAGAUCAGAAAUCUUGCAAAACUCUCAUCUUUUGAAGUUGUGUUGAAGGGAGAAGACAAAGGAGGUCAAGCUGGUUCUGCUGUUGUUGAGACGGUGAAUGAGAACCUCAAAGUGUAUCUCAAAGUGGAUGGAAUAGCUAUAGACAAAGAAGCUGAACGUGAGAAGAUGGGGAACAAGAUUGAAGAGAUACAAAACCAAAAGGAGAAGUUGGAGAAGAUUAUGGGUGUGAGUUGGUAUGAAGAGAAGGUACCUGCAAACAUAAAAGAAGAGAAUGCAAAGAAGCUUGCUAAACUUCUUCAAGAGUUGGAUCUGUUUCAAGAGAGUUGA